CCCAGCUGCGAGGCCGGGAACCGGGCUGCUCUGAGCCGCUGCUGCUUUCGCGCAGUCCGUUCCUCCGCCGCAGCGUCGCGCCCUGAGCUCGGCCGACGAGGCUGCACUCGCAGCCGGGAUCCCGCCACCCGCUACCCCAGCCUUCGUCGCCGCCGCCCACAGGGCGCCCCAGGCCGCACCAUGGUGAAGGUGACGUUCAACUCGGCGCUGGCCCAGAAGGAGUCCAAGAAGGACGAGCCCAAGAGCAGUGAGGAGGCGCUCAUCAUCCCUCCGGAUGCCGUGGCUGUGGAUUGCAAGGACCCGGAGGACGUGGUCCCAGUUGGGCAGAGAAGAGCGUGGUGUUGGUGCAUGUGCUUCGGACUGGCCUUCAUGCUUGCUGGUGUCAUCCUUGGAGGCGCCUACCUGUACAAGUAUUUUGCACUUCAGCCGGAUGAUGUGUACUACUGCGGACUCAAGUACAUUAAAGAUGACGUCAUCAUGAACGAGCCUUCUGCAGAUGCCCCAGCCGCUCGCUACCAGACAGUUGAAGAGAAUAUUAAGAUCUUUGAGGAGGACGAGGUGGAAUUCAUCAGCGUGCCCGUGCCAGAGUUUGCAGACAGCGACCCUGCCAACAUCGUGCACGACUUUAACAAGAAACUCACUGCUUACCUGGACCUUAACCUGGACAAGUGCUACGUGAUCCCUCUGAACACAUCCAUCGUUAUGCCUCCCAGAAACCUGCUGGAGCUACUUAUUAACAUCAAGGCUGGAACCUACUUGCCCCAGUCAUACCUUAUUCACGAGCACAUGGUGAUUACCGACCGCAUCGAAAACGUGGAGCACCUGGGCUUCUUCAUCUACCGACUGUGUCACGACAAGGAAACCUACAAGCUGCAGCGCCGAGAAAGUAUUAGAGGUAUUCAGAAGCGCGAAGCCAGUGACUGUUUCAACAUUCGGCAUUUCGAGAACAAAUUUGUUGUGGAAACUUCAAUUUGUUCUUGAGCAGUCAAGCAAAGCGUGGGGAGACCUUUAAUGCCGCAGCAGAGCCUCCCUUGUAUUUUGUGCAGUGAUUAUUUUUUAAAAUCUUCUUUUCGUGUAAGUAGCAAACAGGGCUUCACUGUCUUUUCAUCUCAUUUAAUUCAAUUAAAACCAUUAUCUUAAAAAAAACAAACAAGCAAAACCAAACCUUUUCUUUUUUGUUAGCGUGGUGUCUUUGACAUUUGAGUUAGUGAAUGUGCGGGGUCCUAGGUAAGAUUUGCUUCUCCAUAGAGCUUACAUUCUAAGAAUAAUUUCAUUUAUCUGGAUUUUCAUGUGUUACUUCUACACUUCUAGGAGGAAGGGUUACCUAAAAAAUAGUCACUUGCAUAUGUUAAGAUGACCACAGUGACUUGACUUGUAUAUGCUACCAGCCCUGUUCCCUAGGUGUUAGCACUGGAGCCCACCCUCUGAUAUAUAUUCCUUUAAUUAAAAUGUGCAGUAUUUUUGGUGUUGCAUUUAACUACUUUAGAGGAUUAUGUCAGCCUGAUGUUUUAAUAUCCUAGCCCUCUGCUGUACUAAGAUUUUAGAGAAAUGUUUGGAAUUUAAGAACAACUCACGUUACUAAUUUGUAUAGCCCACAUCUGUGCAAUGGAAUAUAAACAUCGCAAAGCCAUGUGAUGAGACUGUGUGUUGUUAUUCCCACAAGAGAAAAACCAAAGAAGCAUUUGGUUCUCCAUAUUUUAAGGUAAUCCACGUACAUAGAGAAUGAAGCUGUUUUAUAAAACCUGGUUCUCAACAUACAGUUAAAAAGUCAGUUUUUUUUUUAAAUAAAAUAAGCCAUUAAUAACUAAAA